GGGGGGCUGCAGGAAUUCAGGAAGAGGGGCUUCUUCCAGGUGAAAAAUGCAAGGCCCUCCUACUCCUGUCACCUGUGCUAAACAUGACAGGUGUUAGAGCAAAUGUGACUCGUGUCUCCUUCUUUGUCCUCCUUCUUCAUUGUUGGGGAGGUACAGAGCCUCAGAUGCUCAUCAAUGACUCAGUUUCAGAUAUUUCAAAAAGUCACACCAGAUCAAUGGCUACACUUGGCCAAAAUGAAAAGCAGUUUAUUUUUAAACAAAGUCUACCAGCAAAUGAAAAAAUAGCAGAAGCAAUUGGAAAAGCAAGAAAUAUAGAAAAAUAUCCAUCUGACUCGCCUAACAAUCUUUGGAUUAAUCAAAUUUUAAAUAACUUGGAGAAUCACUUGGGCAAAAAUGAAGGUCCCCAAGAAGAUGAUCUUCAAGACAAACAGAAAGAUAUUACUGAACUCAUUAAAAACUUUCCAGAAUCCAUUGACCUAGAUCAAACACAUGAAAAACAGAUGUCUUUUUCGGAAAAUUCAAGGGUCAACAUAUCAAUUAUAGAAUCAAUCCUUCAAACGCUCAAAAAAAAUUCAGAUUUUCAUCGAAAUAUGCCAACAUCGGCUUCUCUGCUAACAGUCCUAAAAAACAUCGUUAUAACCUGCCUGACAGUGACAGGCUUACUGUUUGCCUUAGUUUUAUUACUGUAUAUAGUUGCUUCACUAUGUAUGAAGAGCCGGCCAAGGGAGCCUCCAAUAAACAACACAUACAACAUUUAUAUAACUGAGGAAAUGAAGAAAAAUUCUGCCUCCCUUAAGGAAAUAUUCUCAGAAAAACCAAAAGAAGAGCCACCUAGGAUGAGAUCAGAUUCCCAAAAUCUCCAUUAUAAACAGUCACCAGAAAAUAUUAUCACAGAACCUGAGAGCAAAUUAAUUCAGAAUUCUAACUUCAAUAAUAGAACUACUUUUUCUGGGGAUUUCAUGAAGGGACGGAUAAUGCCAUUGAAUGGAUUCAUAGUUCCAAGUUAUGAAAACAAAUCAAGAAGAUCCAAAGAUUUUGUUUCAUCUUCUGAAUUAAGUGACUCGGAUGCGAUCCAGACUAUAUUCCUAGCUAAACCAAAUAAUUACCAGUUGCAUGAUAUUCCAGGUUCUCAAGUGAAUAUGGAAUAUAUAAAGAAAAAGUCUUCCAUUAAUGUUCGUGUGUCUCAGCAAGAACCAGACAACUUGGGUCAUUCACAGCAUGACCUAAAUAAUCCAGACGAGAAGUAUCAGUAUAUUGCUUCCUCUGACAAUGCUGAAGAAACACAGUCUGAUAUAUACCCAUCUUCAAAUACUACAGAGAACUCAGAACGGGCAAAUAACCCUCAAAUAAAUAGGUCAACAAUACUACAGAAUGCUAGCUCUCCUUCCCAGUCAGACUAGGACAGAGCAUUACAAGAGUUCAAAUUCUCAUUUGUCAAUGUAUUUUAAGCCAGUCCUUUUACCACCUGAAAUCAUGGUAGAGCCCCCAUAGAAUCCUGGAAGUCAUGUUUUUCUUUUGUAAUCUAGCCCCAAAAUAAAAAUUAUUUUUGAUA